AUAUUCGGCCAUAUUGGAAUCCAGAACAUUCUCACGCUUGCCGGUAGAAAUUUCUCGAUUUAUUGGCACAGAAUCCGCCCUAAUCUCCUCAUUCACUCCCCAUCGGGGUUAAAAACAACGCAAGAUGUCGAAUAUGGGCCAGAUAGCAUUCGAUGAAUACGGCAGACCUUUCAUUAUAUUGAGGGAUCAAGACAAAAAGAAGCGUUUGUGUGGCUUGGAUGCCCAUAAAUCGCAUAUCAUGGCAGCCAAGACUGUUGCCAACACCCUCAAGACGUCGCUUGGGCCCAAAGGUCUUGACAAGAUGAUGGUGGGCCCCGACGGUGACAUCACAAUCACUAAUGAUGGUGCCACUAUCUUGGGUCAGAUGGAUGUCGAGCAUGAGAUAGCCAAGUUACUUGUUCAGCUGUCCAAGUCACAAGAUGACGAGAUUGGAGAUGGAACAACUGGGGUUGUCGUUUUGGCUGGUGCACUUCUUGAGAUGGCUGAGCAACUCCUGGACCGUGGUAUUCAUCCAAUCCGUAUCGCUGAUGGUUAUGAAAUGGCUGCCAAGAUCGCUGCUGAUCAUUUGGAGACAAUCUGUGACACCUUCCCAGUUGAUCCCAAGAACACGGAACCCCUCAUUCAAACUGCCAUGACCACCCUAGGAUCGAAAAUUAUCAAUCGCUGCCAUCGGCAAAUGGCUGAAAUUGCUGUCGAAGCGAUCAUGUCUGUUGCAGACUUCGAACGGAAAGAUACCGAUUUCGAGCUGAUCAAGGUCGAGGGAAAAGUUGGUGGGAAAUUGGAGGACACAAUGCUUGUAAAAGGCGUAGUCAUCGACAAGGACUUCAGUCAUCCUCAGAUGGCAAAGUCUCUGAAAGAUGCCAAUAUCGCCAUCCUAACUUGCCCAUUUGAGCCGCCGAAGCCUAAGACCAAACAUAAACUUGAUGUGACGUCCGUCGACGAUUACAAGAAACUCCGUGAAUACGAGAAGAAGAAGUUUGAAGACAUGGUUGAGAUGGUGAAGAAGACAGGUGCUAAUCUCGUCAUCUGUCAAUGGGGCUUUGAUGAUGAAGCAAACCACUUGCUGCUACAGAAAGAUCUCCAGGCUGUACGAUGGGUUGGUGGACCUGAAAUUGAGUUGAUUGCCAUUGCCACUGGAGGGCGCAUCGUCCCUAGGUUUGAAGAACUGACUGCGGAGAAACUUGGUCAUGCUGGAAUUGUACGCGAGUUGAACUUCGGUACGACCAAGGACAGAAUGCUUGUGAUUGAAAAGUGUCGUAACUCAAGAGCUGUCACUAUAUUUAUUAGGGGAGGUAAUAAAAUGAUUAUUGAAGAAGCAAAGAGAAGCUUGCAUGAUGCCCUUUGUGUCAUCAGGAACUUAGUCCGUGAUAACCGUAUUGUCUAUGGAGGUGGUGCGCCGGAAAUCUCAUGUUCUCUCGCCGUACAUCAAGCGGCAGAUAAGAUAUCCACAUUAGAACAGUAUGCAAUGAGAGCAUUCGGUGAUGCAUUAGAAAGUGUACCAUUGGCCCUGGCUGAAAACAGUGGCCUGCCACCGAUUGAAACCUUAGCUGAGAUCAAAUCAAGACAAGUAAAGGAAGGCAACCCGAGACUCGGAAUCGAUUGUUUAAAUAAGGGAUCAAGUGAUAUGAAGGCUCAGCAUGUUAUCGAAACAUUGACAGCCAAAAGAGCCCAGAUUAUGUUAGCCGUACAAGUCUGCAAAAUGAUCUUGAAAAUAGACGAUAUAAGAGCUGGCGCAGAUUCUGGAUAUUAAAUCAUAUCAACGUUGAGCAUGAGGACGAAAAUGGAAACAAUCUAUAAACGAUCAACCAUGGACUUGUUCUUUCUUUAUGGAACUCCAAUCAGUUUUUUGAUGGCUUGACACGGACUAAGCAUCAAGUGCAUGUAGACUUUGACGAGGACUGGAUUACAACACUUCUAGAAAAAGGACAGACUGAUAAAAGAGGACUUGAAGGACAUAGUGUGGUUGAUCUUUUGGUCUUUGGACGUUGGACUGUUAGCCUGAAGUUGUUCUGAUUGGUCUUUGAAAGAGGGCAUGACCAGCUUUAUUGUCUCAGCUCCUCAGCGUCAUGUUGUACCCAAUCCAUUGUACAACAGUCAGAUUCACUCUACCAUGCAGUCUAAAGGCUUUGUGUUAUUUCAAUGUGCUUUUUCUAUUUUUGUCCACCAUGGCAUGCUCAGCUAAAUUUGGAUAAUUGUUUCAAGUGUCACUUAUUUCUAAUGUUUAUCUUCCCUCAUAGUAGGUAGCAAAUCUUAAUCUGCAUGCUGUCGGCACAGCCGUCAUUGAUGUCCUUGUCAUCUUGUGUCUCUAUUCACCAAUGAAACAUGGGAUUAGCAGUAAUGUAGCCUGUUGCCUCAAUCAGUAUUGUCAAGCCUGGCACGCAUGGUAGAAUCAUAUCGUGAAACUUGGGACAUUGGAAUCUUUAAAAGUAUCUAGACGUGAUAAAUUAUUUCCUCAACCCUGGGGCCUAACUAUGAUCAGUGAUCUUGGUAUGUGCUCCUUGACUUACGUAGCAAUUUGUUUUGUACAUUAUUUUAUAUUUGAAAAUAUACCAAGGUUUAUUGUGGAAUA